CCGCCGCUGCAUCAGUCAGUACCACGUCGGCGACCGUACUGAAAGCGCGAACGUUAGCACCGAUUAUACCGUGCGUAACCGAACACGGUCACGUUCAAACACACACACGCACACAAACACACUCGAUAACGUGGCACACAAUCGUCUCGCGGUUUAGUUUUGUUUAUUUGCCUAUUUCUUUUUUUUACUCGUCGUUUUUGAUAAUAUUUUGCGCAACCGUGCGUAAGUACGACAAACAACCAAACACCCGGUUUAUGGUGGCCAUGCCCGUCACCACAAUAACAUUGUGUUGACGCGUCCGUUUGGUGUAGAGCCUGUCGUGGUGACCGAACACUCCGAGCGGUUACCACCGCGCGGAUACCGGCUGCCGCGGAUGGAGCCGCCUCGGACUACCCCGACGGCCAGGAGACCGCGGGCUAUCGUCUUGGUUUGUCUGAUCGCGGUGCUGUUGGCUCUGGCUUCGGACGCGGUGUUCGGCUUGAAGGGUGUCCGAAUUUGGAACCCUGAAGCCAUUCGAGCAGGCGAGCAGUUGCGGCUUUCUUGUGACUAUGAUCUUGAGGGGGUGCCCCUUUACUCGAUAAAAUGGUACUUUGGAGACCAGGAGUUCUACAGGUUCGUGCCCAAAGAGUCACCACCGACCAGGGUUUUUCCGCUGUCCGGUACUACGUCGGUUGACAUAUCCGAGUCGGACGACCACUCAGUCACACUGACUAACCUACCUCGGGACAUGUCAGGCCACUAUAAAUGUGAAAUUUCCGCGGACGCUCCACUGUUUCACACUCAAAUCAAAGAGUCAUACAUAACUAUAAUUGAAGAACCACAGUCGCCGCCACUUAUGUUUGCCGGUAAGCUCAAGUACAUCAAAGACGAACCGGUCAAGAUAAACUGCACUUCUUAUUCGGCGUUCCCGGCCACCAAUCUCACAUGGUUCAUAAAUGACAAAAAGGUGACAGAUAUUACGAAAAAUGCAAAGACGACGGAUUGGGUCACAGCUGAAGACGACGGGCUGCUGACCAGCCGAUCGCGACUGGAGCUUAAGAGCCACGCCGAUUACUUUCCGGGUGGCCGUAUGAUGGUCCGCUGCGAAUCCAAUCAGUUUCUGUUGUACAAAAAAUACUCAGUUAUUGAGUUGAUGGAUGACUCACCCAGACUGGCCCAGAUGAUCAGCCCCACUGCCGUGCUGAGAUCGGGUGGACCACAAGCGAGUUCAGCUGAUCGUUUCGCUACUGGAUGUGCAUUCGUAUUGGUCGCCAUUAUCGCCCAUCGAAUAGCACCGUAUCUCUUAAGAUAGCUUUACGAUUAUCAUACACAAUAGACAAACACCCCAACAUUAUUAUUAUUACGUCAUCAUGUUAUAACGGACGAUAUUCGUCGUCGUCGUAUUUGAUAAGUGUUUUACAAGAGUAAUAAUGUUAUACAUUAUGAUUGUAAUAUACAUGAAUAUAUAUUAUAUAAUAUAUAUAUUUAUAAACACGGUUGACCGGUUGUGAUGUUAUUAUGUUUGUAUCUGAGUGGAUGCCCAGAAGGGUUUGUGUCUCGGUCUUGAAUCUAUUUAACCGUGCCAAUUGAGAGUAUAUUAAUUAUUUGUUUAAAAUAUUUUCUUCUCUUUCACAGCGCGACUGAGCUACAGCAAGGCCUUGGCCGAAGCAAUAGCAUACCGUCGCAUCCCCUCCACCUCCCACCCAUUUACACCCAUUAUUGGUAAAAAAAACCAAAUACGAAAAUGACAUACAUUUAUUUUCGCCACACGAUAUACGAUAUAAACAUAAUAAUACGUGAUCACAAAAACAUUAUACUAUAUUACGAUUUAUAAAUUUAAUAUAGGAUUUAACCACGAUAUUGUAUUUUCCAAAACCAUUUAACUGUGUAACAGUUUAUAUAUAAGUAUAUAUAUAAACGAGCAAAUAAAUUAUUGAAUGUUUGUGUUUUAUUCAAGUUUUUUUUGAAA